CUCAUGCCCCCCUGCUUCUGUUGAUCAACUAUAUCAUACUUCUCAUCUCGCUGUCAACCCCUACCUCUAGUCGCUGCGACUAUAAAGCUCUAAAUAGUCCAUCAGCUUGUUGACAGAAAUUCCCACAACUUACAAGUCAUCAGCACCAAGGAUACACGCUGCACACGAGUUCGAGGCUAUCAUGUCCGCCUGUCUGCGAUGCCACAUCGCUCCUGCCCUACACGGUCAUCGUUUUUGCAGCCCUUGCGGCCAGCAAAUACACGCCGGCAGCAUUCAGCGUUCGGGACUUUGUAUGCGUGGCUGUGGUCGGGCCGCGAAGCAAGGUCACCGGUUCUGUGUCCCUUGCGGUAGAUCGUACUACCGUUAGUCUAAAUUGAGGGGCUUAUGUGUGUUGUUGCUACUAUUAAGGCAUGAAUGAGAGUUGUUAUGAGUGUGUUGUAGUUCAAGCAUCCAUCUUAUCAUAAUUAAAGAGCGCGCAUUAUUUGUCUGUUUGGAAAUCAAGAGCCAACUGGCUUGGAGCUCAAGCUUGCUAAGGUGAAGCCCCAUAAGUUCUAGUAAGUAACGCCACCGAUGUCUGUAGUCAAUGCAAUCAACCUGUUUCUAACAUGUUCGAUCAUUUCCAUUUCGGUGCUAAGUUUGCGAUCUCCCGGUCGACAAUGGAAUCUGAUCGUGGCCCAGGUAUGCCAAUAAGAGCAACUGGCAAGGCUUGAAGGAGUCCGUCCCUCUUGCUACAUCGUCACAAACCACUACCUAUUGAGGAGUAGAUGGGGGCUUGCAGGACAAGAACGAACGUAGUUAUUCCAAGAGCAAUGCACCGUCCUUAAAACGAGC